UGUCUACAAGGCAAGUUCAGCAGACAGCACGAUCCUCGAUACGCUGCUUUGGUUUGAUGAUCUGACCUAGAACAGACUAUGUCACAGAGUCACAAUGACCUUGCACAGUAACAGUUCGGCCUCACCUUUGUUCCCCAACUCUUCGUGGAUCCCCAGCCCCUCAGAUGCAGGCCUGUCCCCCGGGACAGUCCCUCACCUUGGCAGCUACAACGUCUCUCAAGCGUCAGAGAACCUCUCCUCUCCCAACGGUACGGCAGCCGACCCCCUGGGAGGCCACACCGUCUGGCAGGUGGUCUUCAUCGCGUUACUCACUGGUUUCCUGGCCCUGGUGACCAUCAUCGGCAACAUCCUGGUCAUCGUGGCGUUUAAGGUCAACAAGCAGCUGAAGACGGUCAACAACUACUUCCUGCUCAGCCUGGCCUGCGCCGACCUGAUCAUCGGGGUCAUUUCCAUGAACCUGUUCACCACGUACAUCAUCAUGAACCGCUGGGCACUGGGGAACUUAGCCUGUGACCUCUGGCUGUCCAUUGACUAUGUGGCCAGCAAUGCCUCUGUCAUGAAUCUCCUGGUCAUCAGCUUCGACAGGUACUUCUCCAUCACCAGACCCCUCACCUACCGGGCCAAACGAACAACCAAACGCGCCGGCGUGAUGAUCGGCCUGGCUUGGGUCAUCUCCUUUGUGCUGUGGGCUCCGGCCAUUUUGUUCUGGCAGUACUUUGUGGGGAAGAGAACAGUGCCUCCGGGCGAGUGCUUCAUCCAGUUCCUCAGCGAGCCCACCAUCACCUUCGGGACGGCCAUUGCGGCCUUUUACAUGCCGGUCACCAUCAUGACCAUCUUAUACUGGAGGAUCUAUAAGGAGACUGAGAAACGCACCAAAGAGCUGGCCGGGCUGCAGGCCACGGGGACCGAGGCCGAGGCCGAGAGCUUCGUCCACCCCACGGGCAGUUCUCGGAGCUGCAGCAGCUACGAUCUCCAGCAGCAGAGCCUGAAGUGCUCGGGCAGGAGCAAGUAUGGCCGCUGCCACUUCUGGUUCACCAGCAAGAGCUGGAAGGCCAGCUCGGAGCAGAUGGAGCAGGACCACAGCAGCAGCGACAGCUGGAACAACAAUGACGCGGCCGCCUCGCUGGAGAACUCGGCCUCCUCCGACGAGGAGGACAUCGGCUCCGGCUCCGAGACCAGAGCCAUCUACUCCAUUGUGCUCAAGCUACCUGGCCACAGCACCAUCCUCAACUCCACCAAGCUCCCCUCCUCUGACAACCUACAGGGCCCCCACCAGGAGCUGGGGCCGCCGGACGUGGAGAAGAACGCCACCAAACUCCAGGCCCAGGAGAGCAUGGAUGAUGGCGACAGCUUUCCCAAAGGCUUCUCCAAGCUGCCCAUCCAGCUAGAGUCAGCCGUGGAUGCAGGCAAGACUUCCAAUCCCAACCCCUCGGUGGGCAAAACCACGGCCACGCUACCUCUGUCCUUCAAGGAAGCCACGCUGGCCAAGAGAUUUGCUCUGAAGACCCGAAGUCAGAUCACCAAGAGAAAGAGGAUGUCGCUCAUCAAGGAGAAGAAAGCAGCCCAGACCCUGAGUGCCAUCCUGCUGGCCUUCAUCAUCACCUGGACGCCCUACAACAUCAUGGUCCUGGUGAACACCUUCUGCGACAGCUGCAUCCCGAAAACCUAUUGGAAUCUGGGUUACUGGCUGUGCUACAUCAACAGCACAGUGAACCCCGUGUGCUACGCCCUGUGCAACAAGACAUUCCGCACCACCUUCAAGAUGCUCUUGCUCUGCCAAUGCGACAAGAGGAAGAGGCGCAAGCAGCAGUAUCAGCAGAGACAGUCCGUCCUCUUCCACAAGCGAGGGCCCGAGCAGGCCUUGUAGAGA